CCAACCCAGCAACCCAGAUUGGCCAGGCACGGCCAUGGCUAAUUUCCCCCAAUCUCCUGGAGAAUUUGAAGAGAAGCCUGGAGGAGUCGGGAAAAUGGAAGUGAGUGCAAGAUGGACGAGCAGAAACGGGAGGUUGCAGCUCACAGAAGUCACCGAGAGCCGGUCAAGGAGGAAGACCCUCGAAGCAGGAAUGAUCUGGGCUAGCGUUCAAGACCAGGAGGGCCUCCUUGACCUCAUAAAGUUGGAAGAGGCCAUGAAGGAAGUCUAUGAAGACUUUAAGGCAUUGAGGUAUUACAAGGAGAAAGGUCUGGCGGGAGAAAAACUCUGCCUUCAUUCCGAUCAGUUUUAUUACUACCCCGAUAAAGACAUCCUGCAGCUCACCCUAGAAACGUUAAGCGUACAGCGGAAAGAGUUGGUCCGGGGAAGUUCUCGAGACGUCGGCUCUUCCAGGCUCGCUCGCUGUGGCCGACGAGUCUCUCUCCAAGACGGAGAACGGGAUUUGGGUAACAAACCAGAGAGGAUCCGAAGCCUCCACGGUGCUGGAGAUGUGGGGUUGUCGCUGGGGAGGCAGAAAAACAAGAUGCCAGUCUCUGGAAGGAGGACAGCUUUGAGGGACCUGUUUUGCCUGUGUGGGAAAAAGAAGGAAAAAUAAGGCAGUUUGCUCAUGAGAAGGGUAUCCAGCAAGUCAACUGU